AUGGGCCAGUAUCUGUGGGACAAGUAUGGCUCUGACGAGGGCAAGACACGUUUUCGUGAGGCUAUGGAAGAAAUCUUCAACUUUGAAUGUGUGGCAAAGCAUGUGGGAACCGAGAGACCUGUGUUCAAUGUGCCCAUGACAAGCAUGAAGAAUAUCUUCCUGGAGUUGCACACGCUUUCCUUUGCAGAGAAUGCAAAAUAUGGAGAGUUUGGGAGGUGGCCUGCGACGCAUUUGUUCAAGCAGCACUUUCCUUCCUUUUUGGAAAACGGCUUCGAGGCACACAGGGAGCCCUUGGACAUCAAGUUCGACUUGUCUACUAUCGAGGCAGACAAGGGGUUGUACCAGAUCAAGUCUUUCUCCGUUGGCUACAUUGAUGGCCAGAACAAGGAACUGCGUCAAGAGAUGCUUGAAGAAGAUGAACACAUGUGCAAAGUACUGGCAUCUAUGUGCUAUGUGAAGUGCAACUACAAGAAGCACUCCACCCCAGAAGGGUUUCUCUAUGAAACUUUGAGCCUUGCCAAUCGAACGGCAGAGAAGGUCAAGCCAUCUGCCUUGGAUCUGCUGCUCUUGUUUCGUGAGUCUGUGAGGUUGAAGCAGGCCAGUGCCAAUGGGAAAAAGGCUGCCGUUCGUGACUUGCUCUGGGGGUCAGUUGCAGACUACAACAAGACUAUUGGCCAGCACCGUGCAUGGCGUGUCAAUGACAGCACACGUCGCUUGAUCUACAAUCUUCUUCGCAGUCCAAAAGGCCUAUGGGAUGCUUUGAAGGAAUGCUACAAUGAGUCAAAGCCACAAGACGCGGCCCUCACCAUGGAGAACAUGGAUGGUGACUUCUUUGUCGUGGGCACAGAAUUGGUCGAUUCCCCAGAAAACUGGAAGGAGAUACAGACCGUGACUGCAGAUGCUGUGGAGCUCUGGGCUGACCGUGCCAUGGGUGACUUUGAGAAGAAAGUUGGAAGAAACGCACCAUCAAAGCAGAAGACCCACUUGGGCAAAGGCAAGUUGCUGGAGGGCAUUCUCGAGCAAUGGAAAAUGGGGAAAGGGUUGGAUCCUACAUUCGACUUUCGGAAAUUGGCCUUUGUUCAAGAGGCAUGUUCCAUGCAACAUGAGGAAAGCCUUGUGUCAGCCCAAUCAACGGUGAAUAAUGCACGGAAAAAUUCUUUGGUGGCAGCAUUCAACUUGUUCUCAACAAACCUGCAGAAUGAUUGGAUUCUGCAAGACAAGUUCCUUGCCUCGGCAGAGAUGACAUCACAGCGGGCACGCUCUGUCCUUGUGCACAGCUUGGAGAAAAUGCACACCACGGCAUGGAAGCUGGUGAAUGAAUACGUCAGUGAAGUGGUGCCAACAUGGGAUGUCUCUGCUGCCAAGACUGCACAAGGAGCUGAGCCAGAAGGUGAGGCAACAACUUUUGCUGCCAGAAACGAACCUUGGAUUCAAGCUACCAUGACAGCGUUCGGGCAUGGUGUCAGGAGGCCAGAAAACGAGCGGCUGAUUGCCUGGGUGAACUAUGUCACGGCUGGCGUGGUCUCAGGCAAAAAGCUUGUGUUCACCAUUGAGCAGGUGACCCAGUUGCUUCAUUCUUUUCCUCGAACUGGUGUGGCUGUGAUUCUGCUACCCAACCGGGCAUCAGAUCUCAGGGUGCGACCAAUCUCAAUCUUCUUUGACCCUGCCACAACCUAUGGCACGCGAGAAGGAUUUCAUUCGGGAUUGCUUGUGACCAGCAAUGACCGUGGGAACUACUUCAUGAAGAUGCCAGUGUUCAAGUCAGGAAGGAAGAUUGGUUGCUCUACUGCAUGCCACAGCCAGCAUGAAACAAGCUAUUGCGUCUCAGCAAUUGGUGAAAAGGCUUACUCGAUGUGCCGAGCAGGGUCCCUCAAACUGCCAGGUUUCCCGGAAUUUGAGCAGGUGAUCAAUGACUUGAAGAAGAACAACACAGACCUUGCACCACCUGAUUUUCAGGUUUGUGUCCCUGUGCCCAACGGUGUGGCAAUCAAACAGAACUUGAUUGACUACUGGUCUGGCCAGGAGCUUUUCCAAGUUGAGAUGCUGGAUCUCUUGAAGAAGCACAAUGAGAAGUACAAUCCGCAUGGCAUCAAGAGGGGUUCCGAUCCACCAGAAGGCGCAGCUGACAUUGCCACUGAACCUGCUGUCAAGAAACUUCGCAUCGAUGACAGCGUGAAAUCUGCUGAGCAGGAAGCCAAGAUCCUGAACAAGCACUUGCUUUCCUGUGGCACCUUCAAGUUGAUUUAUGGCUGCGAUCAGGAUGUCUUGUGGGUUACCAGCGAAGGCAGGAAAAAGGAUACCUUCGACGUCAAAGGGCCUGUGGAGCUUUUUGGCUUUGGUUCUGGUGAUUUCCUAGAAGGGCCUGCUGCCCGUGAUGUUCAGUCAGACUUGACGGGAAGGUGGGUCACUUUCAGGGUGACAUCUGGGACUGAAGCCUGCAUCUUGGAGGCUGACAGGCGCCUACCAGACCAUAUCAAGAAAAUGGACAUCUUUGGAAAAGUGACAACAUAUGGGGCUGCAAUCAAUGAGUUGGAGAAUGCAGGGGAGGUCAACCUGAAGCUUUCCAUGCACUCCAUCAACAAGAGUGACGGGUCUGCAACUCUUACCAUGACAUCCGCCAAGAAUGUGUGCUUCGUUUUGGACCCGCCCAAGAACCGAGAUGGGAAGAAGAGAAAGGCAAACAGUUCUGCAGUCACCUUUGGGGCAAAGCUAUCUUUGGCAAAGCUGCGCACAGCCGAGAAUGUGAAGCUGUGCUGGCGGCUGAGGCUUCAACCUUCGGAGAAUGGUGGCAAAGAUUUGAUCCCCAUUCGUCCUGUGGCGAUGCUGACCACCAGUUUCGAGGGAAAGGCUGACGAGAUGUACCAACUUGUUUGA